AUGGCUCUUCUCAAGAUUAGUCUGUUUGGGCUUUCGCUGAGUUUAACUGUCUAUGCCUCAUUCUCUGCCAAUUUGAACUACGGCUCUCCAUCCCACAACCAUCCCGAUCUUGGAAUUGCCAUUAACAAGGUGCAGAAGCGGAAUGUUCACACCUCCCCAUUCAAACCAGAGCAGCUAUAUUUCACCCAUAGUGUGGCAUCUGGGGACCCAUACCCGGAUUCCGUGAUCCUCUGGACCCGCGUCUCCCCCACAACGGAGAGCAGUGACUCCAACGUGACGGUCAGCGGUACCACGCCGCUGUAUGACCAUGACAAUGAGAAAUAUGUUUCCGUUUCUACUGCACCCGUCUGUGUGAAGUAUAAGGUCGCUAUGGAUCUGAAGAUGAAGAGAGUGGUUACUGGUGGAGAAGUGUGGACUUCAUCUGAUGUUGACUAUACGGUGAAGGUUGAAGCAACUGGUCUGAGGCCGUACACGACGUACUAUUAUCAAUUUACUGUCUGCGACUCCAAAAACUCUUCUCCUGUGGGACGUACCAAAACCACCCCCAGAAGGCGGGACAAGGUGAAAAAGGAUAUUGGCCUUGCUGUCUUCUCUUGUUCAAACUACCCUCAGGGAUUCUUUAAUGCUUACGGAAAUUCUGCUCGUAAGGAUAAUGUAGACUACGUUCUUCAUCUUGGUGAUUAUAUCUAUGAGUACAAAGAGGGUGGCUACGGAUGGGGCUGGUCCAUAAACCGCAUUCCGCAGCCGCCGGAUCGCGAUAUCAAAACUCUACUUGACUAUCGUAAGAGAUACGCCAGCUACCGCACCGACGCUGAUCUGGUUUAUUCGCACCAACACUUCCCGUGGAUCACUGUUUGGGAUGACCAUGAGGUGGAGGAUAAUGUGUGGAAGGCCGGCUCGUCCACUAUGAACAAUACAGAAGACUCAUUCAUCCAAGCGGGUGGAAUUUCCAUUGAUCAAGUCAAAGCGAAUGCGGUCCGUGUCCACUUCGAGUGGAUGCCAAUCCGCCAGGUCGAUAUGGACGACACCCUCCGUAUCUGGCGCAAUUUUGAGAUUGGAGAUCUAUUCAGCCUUAUCAUGCUCGACACUCGUGUCUAUGACCGCUCCAUUACCGACCUGUCCUGGAAUAAACACUACAUCGAUCUCAUCCGUGAUGAGCAGUCCCGCUCCCUCAUGGGUCCCCGUCAAGAGACCUGGUUCUACCGCCAGCUCAUCGAGUCUGCCAAACGUAACACUAAAUGGAGAAUCGUAGGCCAGCAACUUCUCAUCUCCGACAUCUUCUAUGGCAAGAAUGAACAAAAGCUGUACAACGCAGAUGCCUGGGACGGGUAUCGCGCCAACAAAAACCGUACCCUCUCCACCAUCCUUGACCACAAGAUCAAAAACACCAUCUUCCUUGCAGGCGAUACCCACGCCGCCUAUGUCUCUGAUCUCGUAUACACCGGUCACGGCAAGUAUGACCCCAAAUCUGGAUCAGGAGCAAUCGGCGUCGAACUCGGAGCCACGGGGGUUACCUCCCCGGGUCCUGUUGGCCAAAAUGGUACCUUCGACCGAGGAGCAAAGGAGUCUCAGCGGUUUGUCGAGAACAACACUCCCUUGCAAUGGCAAGAUUCGUACUAUCGUGGCUACUAUGAGCUCAGCAUUAACUACAACCGCGUCCAUGCGAACUUCUUCGGUGUCCCUGAUAUCCGCACGCGGAAUGGAAAGGAGAUCAAGCUUGCGACCUUUGAGAUUCUGGAUGGUAAAAAUAAACUGACGAGAAAUGAGAAUGGGGAGCCGGUGGUUGGGAAGGCUGUUGGGGGAGCGUUGAAGAACGGUAAAGUUUACCCUGAUGCUGCGGUGAUUGUGGAUACUAUGAAGGGCAAGAAAUAG